AUAAUGCUAUAUCCUUGCACUUUGUGUCAAAAUUGCCUUUCAUUGAAAAUAUUAAUACGGAUUAACGGAUCAAGAACUGACAAAAAGCUUUUAAAUGGAGCUCGGAAUCGUAGAAAAUGGGCAAGAAGAAUCGAUCAACUUAGUUGAGACAGAUAAUAAGGAUAAGCCUUUCCGAGCUGUUUGGAUGAUAUUAACGGCGAUUCUAAUAAAUUUUUGCUUGAUGGCCUUGGCUGUUCCUUUAUACCUCUAUCUGAAUUCUGUAAACGAAGUGGUCAAACAACGUUUAAUGGACUAUAUACUUGUUGGUGGAGCUCUUAUAGGAAUUCCAAUGUUGUACAGUCUAGGAGAUCUAUCGAAGGGCCGACCAAAUUUCUACUACAUUUAAAUACUUCAUUUGGUUAGUGUGCUGCACUAUGAUUUGAGUGUAAAUUCCAAAUUUUUGUAUCCCAGUAUUGGAAAAUUAUAAAUCGUGGCCCAUUA